AUGGAGGGGGCAGGCACCGCUGGCGAAGGAGCAGAGAUGAGGCCAAGCGGCGCCGCCGCGGCGUCCUUGGGGCUGUGGGUCUUGGUGACGGCGAGCGUGGCGGCGGACCCCGGCGCGGCUGAGCCCCGGCGCUGCCACCUCUCGCACUACCGCUGGCUGGAGCCCAGGGCUCUGGCGGCGGUCAAGGCGCUGAGGGACCACUACGAGGAAGAGACCCUGAGCUGGAGGCCACGCAACUGCCCCUUCCGCCCAAGGAGGGAUCCCGCGCGGCCCUUGUCCUGCGCCAGACUCCGCCGGGUGGCCCGGGACCUCUCGGACGCCCAGGCCGUGUUGAGCAGCCUGCCCAGCCCCGAGCUGUUUCCCGGCGUCGCCCGGACCCUGGACCUGCUGGCGGCCGCGCGGAGGGACGUGGUGGCCUGCCUCGAGCUGGUGCGGCCGAGUUCCUCGAGGAAGUCCCUCCGGCCCCCCAGGAGGCGCCCCAAAGCACGGAGAGCUGACUCGCCUCGAUGCCACGAAGCCAGCGUCAUCUUCAACCUUCUCCGCCUGCUCACGUGGGACCUGAGGCUGGUGGCGCACUCGGGACCUUGUCUCUGA